AAAAAAUAACUAGAAAAUAUAGGGUUUACUACACUUAAUGGUGUUUAAGUAUACGAAUAGUUAACCGCGGGAUUACAGUUUUAACGUUGCACAUCUAUGUCUCGCUCAUCAAAAGAAGAUUGGGUUUGUAGUGAUCCAAAAUGUAAAAAUGUGAAUUUUGCUAAAAGGGACAAGUGCAACCGUUGUGACAAGCCUAGGAAAUUUUUGGCCUCAGGUAAUGCUGGUUUAGAGGUCGGGAAACAGCUAGCUGAAAAAAGCAAAGGUCUUUUCAGUCCAGAUGAUUGGAUUUGUAAGACAUGUGGAAAUAUCAACUGGGCACGUCGAAGUACUUGCAACGUGUGCAAUGGAUCGAAGGUCGAUAUACAAGGCGAAAGAACAGGUUAUGGCGGAGGGUUUAUGGAGCGUGAUGAAGUAGUAGAAUACAGAGAACGCAGAGACUCAGAUGAUGAGUUUGAUGAAUUCGGUCGUAAAAAGAAAAGUUUUCGAAAAAAUCAAUGUGAACAACCUAGCAACCAUGACUCGUCCAAUUCGGGUAACAAUUCUGUUGCACGAGUUCAUGAUAAAGAUGAUGAGGACGAAAAUGGCAACAAUAAAGGUGAUGAUAGUGAAGAUGAAGAUUCUGGUGAUGAUGCUGAUCUCUCAAAGUAUGAUAUUUGGGGGGCAGAAAACAACGAUUCGGAUGAUGAGUUAUCAAACCAACGAAAACCUGCAUCUUCACAAGAAGCUGCAAAAAACAAGUCACAAAGUCAUAGCCAUUCAUCUUCCUCAGAUUCAGACUCUGAUUCUUCCUCAUCUUCUAGCCAGACCUCACAUUCAUCACACUCUGACUCAUCAUCAAGUUCCCACAGUGAAGCAUCUUCUAAACUCGAAAAUCAAUCCAAUGGCAAACGAUCUCAUCCUAACAACGGGAAUGCAGACAAUGAUAGUGACAACUCAACUCAUGUAAACCACAAAAGAAAAAAACAAUAAUGGACAACAGCAACGCGAUCGGUUGAUGUUCGGCCACUCCUGUAAAACAACACUUAUUCAGGACAGCAAUUUUUUUCUAUCUCCCUUACCUAUGAAAUAAUUAAAUUGCAGUAUAAAGAUGUCAUUGUAUAUUGUUCAUCAUUCUUAUGUCAGCUUCAAUGUCAUCUUCACCUUUUUGCAAUUCUAUCCCCCGUUUUGUAUGUGUGUGUGCAGUUAUGUCAUUGGGAUUUAUUUCCUGUCUUUCUCUUAAAAUAAGGAUUAUUUAAAGGAUCUGAAUAUAAUUCUCCUGCUCUCCUGUUAUUAUAACUAUUCGUAACAUUAGUUAAUUUACAUCCAUUCUACUUAUGUGUAUAUGUACAGUGUUCAUAUUGUGCUUUAUAUAUAUAUAACAUCUUUUAUUGA